UCGGCAAGGAAAUAGAUGGCGUUUCCGCUGUCACGAAGAUGGAAGUCUAUCUCUAUAAUUCUACGGUUUGCAGAUUAUGUGGAGAAGAAAAUGAUAAUGGCACAUUACUUUAUUCAUGUGAAGAAAAUAAUCAAACUUUAAGUGAAAUUGUAAAUACAUAUCUGCCUAUCAAGGUAUUGGACGAUGGACAAUUGCCUCGCACAAUCUGUCCUGGUUGUACCAUCCAGUUGGAAGCCACUGUAGAGUUCCUGAACCUUAUCAUCAAAGGCCAAAAAAUAUUAAGAGAACUCCAUUCUCAAGAAAAGGAGUACAAGAAGAAUAUAGAAUUCAACAAUUCUACAGAGUCCAAUGUUAUUACUGAGAACAUUGUAUAUGAAAUAAAUACAAGUGAUGGAGUGUAUCAAGUGGAGCAUCCCAUUGCCCUCCAAGUGGAAGGGCUGGAGAAGCCGAAACGCAAGAGAGGCAGGCCUCCAAAGAAGCUCAAGAGUCCCGAGGAGCUGGCACAGGAGGCCGCUGCGAAGGAACAAGAAAUUAUUGCGGUGAAAAAUGAUACUGAAGAGCUCUCCGGCAAGAGGAGAAGGAAAACUCCUACUAGGUUUAGAGAAGCUGUACAGGGCAAAGAACUAGAUCGUAUAUUCAAAGAAGAGGGAGUGACAGACGGGGAGGAGAGCGACAAUGACACCAAGCCUGACAUAGAACCGGCAGCCAGAGUGCCCGUGUCGAAGGAACCGGAAGUUAUCGGCCACUUGGAGGACUCCGGGGAACUUGUGGUGGUUGUUAAAGGCAAGGGGCGCGGGAGACCUAAGGGCCGAAUGAAGCAAACCCGCGAAGAGUGUGCCAUCUGUGGCAUGCAGUUCUCGUGCGUGGGCCGCUACAUGUCCCACGUGGCCCAGCACGGGCCCGUGGUGUACCAGUGCCCGCAGUGCCGAGGCAGCUUCAGCACGAGGCUCACCUUCACGGAGCACCAGCAGGCCACGGGGCACCAGGGCCGGAACGUCUUACCCUGCAAUGCUAAGACUGAACAAACCCAAGAGGGUCCUCAGGCUGAAGCCCCACAAGUCCAGGAGGCCGCAGACCUGCCGCCCGUGGACAACCUGAUCAGCAACGUGAUGGCUUCCACCAGCCUCCCCAGCCUGGACCCUCAGCCGGAGAUUGAUAUUGUUGAGGAGGAGAUUGAGGUGACCUUGACCCCUGAGGACCCUUUAACACUCAACGAAUCUGCAACGGUGGACAUUACUCCAGAGAAGAAUGAGCAGAAUGAACAAGGGAAAGCGGGCACUGCAGCCAAGCCGAGGUUGAAGUGCAAUCACUGUGAUAAGACAUUCAGCAAUAAGCAGAGCAAGUCUAUGCAUAUUAAGGCGACGCACCAAGGCGAGCGAGCGUACGCGUGCGCGUCGUGCGGCGCGCGGUUCGCGUACCCGCGCUCGCUGGCGCUGCACGCGCUCGCGCACCGCCGCGCGCGCGCCCGCGGCUUCGCCUGCGACCUCUGCGGCAAGGUCCUGAACCACCCGUCGUCGGUGGUGUACCACAAGGAAGCUGAGCACGCGGGGCAGCGCUACGUGUGCAACAAGUGCGGGAAGUCGUUCAAACACAAGCAGCUGCUGCAGCGGCACCAGCUGGUGCACUCGCAGCUGCGGCCCUACGUAUGUAAGACAUGUAACGCGUCGUUCAAGACGAAAGCGAAUCUCAUAAACCACCAGCUGCUGCACUCGGGCGUCAAGAAGUUCUCCUGCGAGAUCUGCAAACACAAGUUCGCGCACAAAACAAGUCUCACUUUACACAUGAGGUGGCAUACAGGUCAAAAACCGUACUCCUGCACGAUAUGCGGCAAGAGUUUCAGCCAGAAGGGCAACCUGUCCGAACACCUGCGCAUACACACGGGCGAGAAGCCAUACCACUGUGCGUUGUGUCCGCGGCGCUUCACAACCUCGUCACAGCACAGGCUCCACGCCAGGAGGCAUCAGCCAGAACACGCCUAUAAAUGUCAGCACUAUCCUAAGAGAGUGUCGUCGCGGACGCGGCCCGACGCUGAGCGGCGCACGCGCAGCCUCGGCGCCGACAGCAAGCAAACGAACAAACAGAUCAGUCUCCUGGUGGACAAGAACCAAACACAGAAAGAAGAAGAAGAAGUUGAGAUGGAGGAGGAGGAACGCGUGAUAUACGUCACAUACGACGUGGAGGAUUCUAACGAACCUGCCUUCACCAUACUGGACCCUGAACAGGCGGAGAGCAUGGAAGAGAGUAAAGUGGUGUCCACGUGCGAGUUGUACCCGUCUCUGUUGAUGCCGGCGCUGGCGCACGAGGUCGACCUCGCCGACCACAGCGACGCCGAACAAACGCCUCAGCCGGCGGCGGCGGCGGACGCGCUGCAGCUGUCGCUGGCGGCGGGCGGGCGCGCGCUGCGCCUGUUGUCCGCGCGCGGGGACUCCAUCCCGCUCGAGAUCGCGCCCUACCACCACCUCCAGGAAGUAGAGGAGGAUACCGAAGAAACUAUAGUACAUCAGCUGAGCCUUCAAAAGACUGUACAGACCGAUGGCUCCAGCCCCGUCACGCAUUACUUCACUAUUGUAUAGUGCAUCCCCAUAAACCAAGGACUAAAAGCUAAUCAUGCAACACUAAAUUCCUUUUUUUAAUGAGUAAUCAAUUUUCACAGUACUCAUUGUCGAUUUUUGUUGAUAGUCACUAUCAUCACAUACUAGUUCAAACCUGUACAUUUAUUAACCAAGAAUGCACUUUUUUAUAUUGCUAUAAAAUCAAAAGAAAACGUAAUAUAGUUUACUUUUGACUAUAUUACGUUUUCUUUUGAAUACAUUUUUUUUGACAAUACAGUAUAGUGUUGCAUGAUUAUCGCCAUGUAUUGAUCUCUAAUUUUGAAUUAAGUAGUUACGUAUAGAAGUGAUAUUACAAUUAUAAUUAUUAAUACUAUUUUUUAUGAUUUUAGUCGGAACAAAUUGUAACUUAAUUUUAGCUGAAUAUUUACAUUAUAUUUUUAACAGUAUGUGUGUGGUAAACAUUUGAUUGUACAAUUGCUCACGAUAAUAUCGAUUUAACAAUUAUGCUGUAAAUAUUGAUUAAACAAAUUGCGUACUC